AUGACGGCAGCCCUGGCGGAUGGAGGCGGCCUCGUGCACCCUCACUGUGCCCGACGCGACAGCGGGGAGAGCGGCUGCCAGCCCGAGGGCGACCCGGAGGCCGAGGAGGGACAGCCCCGGCAGCUGACGCCCUUCGAGAAGCUGACACAGGACAUGUGCCAGGACGAGAAAGUGCUGAGGGAGAUCACGCUGGGCAAGCGCGUCGGCUUCUACCGCAUUCGCGGCGACCUGGGCAGCGGCAACUUCUCCCAAGUCAAGCUUGGCAUUCACUCCCUCACCAAAGAAAAGGUGGCCAUUAAAAUCCUAGACAAGACCAAGUUAGACCAGAAAACGCAAAGGCUGUUAUCCCGCGAAAUCUCCAGCAUGGAAAAACUGCACCAUCCCAACAUCAUCCGCCUUUACGAAGUCGUGGAGACUCUGUCCAAGCUCCACUUGGUGAUGGAGUACGCAGGGGGCGGGGAGCUCUUUGGAAAGAUCAACACGGAAGGGAAGCUCUCGGAGCCUGAAAGCAAACUCAUCUUCUCCCAGAUUGUAUCUGCGGUGAAGCACAUGCAUGAAAACCAAAUUAUUCAUCGAGAUCUGAAAGCAGAAAAUGUAUUCUACACCAGUAACACCUGUGUGAAGGUAGGCGACUUUGGGUUCAGCACAGUAAGUAAGAAAGGAGAAAUGCUCAACACUUUCUGUGGCUCUCCCCCCUACGCCGCACCUGAACUCUUCCGAGAUGAACACUACGUUGGUGUGUAUGUGGAUAUCUGGGCCCUGGGGGUACUCCUGUACUUCAUGGUGACUGGCACCAUGCCAUUUCGAGCAGAGACCGUGGCCAAGUUGAAAAAGAGCAUCCUUGAGGGUGCAUACAGCGUGCCUCCACAUGUGUCAGAACCCUGCCACCGCCUCAUCCGAGGCGUCCUUCAGCCCAUACCCACGGAGAGGUAUGGCAUCAACUACAUCAUGAACAACGAGUGGCUGCAAGGGGUGCCGUACCCCACCCCUUUGGAACCUUUCCAACUGGAUCCCAAGCAUUUGUCAGAAACAAGCACUCUCAAGGAAGAAGAAAACGAAGUCAAGAGCACGUUAGAACAUUUGGGUAUUACCGAAGAACAUAUUCGAAAUAAUCAAGGAAGAGAUGCUCGGAGCUCCAUCACAGGGGUCUAUAGAAUCAUCUUACAUAGGGUCCAAAGGAAAAAGGCUUCAGAAAACGGCCCGGUGAUGAUGUUCCCAGACCCCAAAGAAAGAGACCUAAAGAAAGGAUCUCGUAUUUAUAGAGGCAUAAGACACACAUCCAAAUUUUGUUCAAUUUUAUAAAUUGCAUCUGAUUGCUGGUAAUAAACCAAGACCACUGUUGCUGCUUUUUAAUUUUUUCAAGGGUAGAGACAUUUUUGUAAUUUUUAAAUAAACUUCAAUUUGAAAUAUGCA